AUGGAUUAUAUUACAGCAACAGCUAAUUUACGAGCUGAAAAUUAUGAAAUACAAAGAGCUGAUCGAAGUAAAAUCAAAAGAAUUGCAGGAAAUAUUAUUCCUGCUAUUGCAACAACAACAGCCAUGGUUACUGGACUUGUUUGUCUUGAAGUUUAUAAAUUUGUUCAACAUCAUAAAAAGAUAGAAUCAUAUCGAAAUGCAUUUGUUAAUUUGGCUUUACCAUUUUUUGGAUUUUCUGAACCAGUACCACCAAAAUGUCAAAAAUAUCUUGACAAAGAUUUUACAUUAUGGGAUCGAUUUGAAGUAAAAGGUGAAAUGACAUUAGAAGAAUUUAUUGAAUACUUCAAACGUGAACAUAAGUUAGUACCGAACAUGGUCUCAGCAGGAAUGUCCGUUAUUUAUAGUCCACAUUUCAUGCGUCAAACAAGUAAAGCACAAGAUAUGAAACGAAAAAUUACUGAACUGUAUGAAACGGUGACAAAAUCAAAGAUUCCUGCUCAUGUUCGUUCUCUUACGUUGAAUAUGCUAUGUGAUGAUUUGGAAGAAAACGAUGUUGAAGAUGUUCCUUUCGUCAACUAUACAUUUCCAUAA